GUGCCGCUCCCUGCCACAUGCAGAGAUAAGGUUUGAGUCAGGUUUGGGGUAUAAAGUGACCUACCUGUACUGAAGAAGUCCCAUUUGGAGCACACUAUGGGUCGCUGGGAAGUAAUGUGCCUUGCCCUCUGCCUGGGCGCAGUGGGGGCAGCAAAGCUGGGCAUCGUGAACACGGAAGGAGGUUUUGUGGAAGGCGUCAAUAAAAAAUUGAGCCUUUUCGGGGAUUAUGUGGACAUCUUCAAAGGAAUCCCUUUUGCUGCACCUACCAAGACUCUUGAAGACCCCCAGCCUCACCCAGGCUGGCCAGGCACCCUGCAGGCCAAGGAGUAUAAGAAGCGUUGCAUGCAGUCCACACUCACCCAGACAGAUGUGCGCGGCACCGAAGAUUGUCUUUAUCUCAACAUCUGGGUCCCCCAAGGGAAAAAAGAAGUCUCCACCAACUUGCCGGUGAUGGUUUGGAUUUAUGGGGGAGCCUUUCUCUGGGGUGGCGGCCAGGGACCCAACUUCCUGAACAACUACCUCUACGAUGGGGAGGAGAUUGCCACCCGCGGAAAGGUCAUUGUGGUGACGCUCAACUACCGCCUUGGGCCCCUGGGUUUCCUCAGCACAGGAGAUGCUAGCCUUCCAGGUAACUAUGGCCUCAAAGACCAGCACAUGGCCAUUGCCUGGGUCAAGAGAAACAUAAAGAACUUUGGAGGGGACCCCGACAACAUCACAAUCUUUGGAGAGUCUGCUGGGGCCGUCAGUGUCUCCUUACAGAUGCUGUCGCCCUACAACAAAGGAUUGAUCAAGCGGGCUAUCAGCCAGAGUGGAGUCGGCCUCUGCUCUUGGGCCAUUCAGAAGGACCCCCUCUACUGGGCUACCAAGGUAGCUCAGAAAGUUGGCUGCCCAACAGACAACACCACAACCCUAGCGAACUGCCUCCGGGUCACCGAUCCCAAAGCCCUGACUCUUGCUUACCACCUAGACGUGCUUAAUCUGCGCUAUCCUCUCGUCCAUUACCUUGCCUUCUCCCCCGUGGUUGAUGGAGAUUUCCUCCCAGAUAGCCCAGAAAAUCUCUUUGGCAAUGCCGCUGACAUUGACUACAUCGCAGGGGUGAACAACAUGGACGGGCACUUCUUUGCUUCAAUUGACAUGCCUGCUCUCAACCGCCCACUAGUGAAGAUCACAGCAGAUGACCUGUACCGUGUGGCCCAGGGCCUGACUGUGGAGAAGGGGGUGGAAGGAGCCAAUGAAACCUUCUCCCUCUACACCCAGGUGUGGACUGACAACACAAACCAGGAAGUCAUGAAAAGAUCUGUAAUAGACCUGGAGACAGACUACAUAUUUCUGGUGCCUACCCAGCAGACACUUGGUCUCCAUUACCAAAAUGCCAAGAGUGCCAAGACUUACAGCUACCUGUUCUCCCAGGAAUCGCGAAUGCCUGUCUACCCCAGCUGGGUUGGUGCAGACCACGCUGAUGACCUUCAGUAUGUCUUUGGGAAACCUUUUGCCACUCCUUUGGGCUACAAAGCUCAGCACAGAAAGGUUUCUAAGGCCAUGAUAGCUUACUGGACAAACUUUGCCAGAACAGGUGACCCCAACAAAGGGGAAUCGGAUGUCCCCAUUGGGUGGGUGCCUUAUGAUAAUCAGCACGGCUACUACCUGGAGAUCAACAAGGACAUCAACUACGAGUCAGCGAAGCAAGGCCUGAGAACUCCUUUCGUGAAUUUCUGGAGUGUCGCCUACAGGAGCCUGCCAGACACAAUCACCACCUUGGACGAGAAAUAGAAACUACUUGGGAACCAGUCGCUUCAAUUUGUCCAAGAACCAAAACCAACCAACCAACCCAGAUUCUGAAUAAAUGAAUAAAUCUUAACUCUUUGCAGAGAUUGUGAGUUUAUUUGUUCUUUGCCCUUAUUCAUAGGCCAUCCAACCUCUGCUUACAAACUUCCAAGGAUUGUGUCUCACCUUUAGAAUUCUGGACACCAGCCCUGGUAGAUCCUCUUGCUCUUUGCAAGAGUUUGUAAAUGACUGCCUGCUUGGCUCCAAAUGAGGCACCCCACUGAAGGCAAAAUGCACACCUGUCACAUAAUUAGGAGGGAGGGGAUUCAUGGACAGAAAGCAGAGUAGCAGCCCCUCUGAAGGAAAGUGAACUAGCUACAUCUCUGAUAUCUGAGGGAGGGAAUGUCCCACUCUGUGUGUUCUUCCAAGGUCCAUUGUAUGGCCACACAAAUCCAACACUCUCACCCUGAAAGAGGAGUUGUCAGCUGGGUCCCUAGACUUAGGCCCAUUAGUUCCAGUCGAUCUGUUUCAGAAUCACUUGUUAUCUACAGUGCUUUUUUUCUGGGGGUACGCAGGGGUACUAUGAAAAGUCGUUUGUUUUCUUUAUUUCAUAUUUCUUACUGUUGUUUUAACUUCAGAACAGUUGAAACUUUAAAAAUAUAGCCCAAAAGUUUCAAUUUCUAUGCAGUGUAAGAGAAAGCAGCAGUUCCUUUUCUUAUUCUCCUGCUAAUCAGUUUCACUGGAUGAGCCCACCUGAAUAACAGUGUUACCAGAGGGGAGGAAAACAACACCUUUCUACCUACCCCAUGCAGUUUUUUUUAUUAAAAAAACAACCAGCAUGCCUCUCCCCACUCUAUUAAACAAAGUGGUGCUUCCAGGUGGGCUCAGCGUGGUUCAUUGUCAUCCUCAUCCGAACACCAUCCUGGUGGUUACUGUUUUCCUAUCCCCAUGUUAAGUGGGGGGGGGGGAAUACAGGACAGCAUUUUGUAGAGGACGUUGCGGAAAACUCCCAUGUGAAUCAGUGAAUGAACUUACAUGGCAGGGAAGCACCCAAAUCUCAGUUCUUAAAGCCUCUCCUGCUUUCCCAGUUCAAUACCAUCCUUUUGGGAGGAAAUACACUGGUGCCUCGCUAGACGAAUUUAAUUCGUUCCACGGGUCUAUUCUUAUAACGAAAAAUUCGUCUAGCGAAUCCCAUAGGAAAGCAUUGAAUUUUUAUUAUUUUUUUAUUUUUGCCCAUAGGAACGCAUUAAUUGAAUUUCAAUGCAUUCCUAUGGGAAACCGUGAUUCGCUAGACGAAUUUUCCGCUAGAAAAAUCCUUUCUUUGAGCGAAAAUUUCGUCUUACAGGGCGAUCGUUAAGCGAGGCACCACUGUAAUUGUUCGCUCACGGCACAAAGAAGCUGGAAACAACUUGGUCCUUUGCCUCAAAAUCAGCAUUUUUAUUGAAAAAAAGCUACUUGCAUUGCUGUAUACAAUCACACCAGGUAGUGUGCUACUUCAAGGAAAUUGGUACAAAAUAUACCUCAUGUACAGUCACCAACAUGGACCACACACUCACGUACGUACGUACGUACAUACACACACACACACACACACACACACACACACACACACACACACACCCUAGCAGCUGUGGACUCUGUUGCCACACUCCAAUGAAAAGUAGGGAGAAGCAGCAGCUGUUAAGG